AUGCUGUUCAAGAAAUUUAUGCUCCCAGUGAGUGCUGCCUUUGCAGUCUCAGCAAAACCACUCGGCAUCCGCGCUGGCCAGAAUUCGACAUCUGGCACAAUUGAAUGGGGGGCCUGCGAGGAAUCAAUCAACUCUACCCUGCCUAUACAAUGCGGCACCUUGACCGUCCCACUGGACUAUACAAACGUCAGCGAUACUAGGACCAUAGACCUCGCUCUGCUGAGGAUUCCCAGUCUUAACACCACCUCCAAAGGCAGCAUAUUAUUCAACUUUGGCGGCCCUGGCGCAGAGGCCCGUAACACGCUUGUAUCCUAUGAAGAGACUCUUAUGAGGUCGACCGGUGGCGAGCAUGACCUGAUAGCCUUUGAUCCUCGUGGCACUGCAGAAGCACUCGCGUACAACUGCUAUCCUGAUCCAGCCCAGAGACCUCCAGCUCCGGUCUCUGAUUCUUCCGACAAAGCACUCGGUGAAGUUUGGGCCAUAGGGAGCUCCAUUGCCCAAACAUGUCUGAAUAACACAAAGGAUACGGCACCUUACAUUGGUACUGCAUUUGUGGCUCGGGAUAUGAUGCAGAUUGUUGACGCUCUGGGAGAAGAUGGUAUGCUUCGGUAUUGGGGAAUAUCCUAUGGCACUGUUCUUGGUGCGACUGUUGCAGCAAUGUUCCCCGACAGAAUGGACAAGCUUUUGCUCGAUGGUGUUGUCAAUUGCCACAAUUACUACCACAAGUCAGGCAUUGACGUUGAUCAACUCCUAUCUGCCGAUUCCGCAUUCACAGAAACCUUGCGCGAGUGCAUCGAGGCCGGAGAGCUAUGCGCUUUGUCACAGGUCAACUCAACGGCACUCGAACUCCAAGCCACACUUCUGGUUCUUGCCGAGGACAUCAGAAAAUUCCCAAUUGCUAUUGAUGGGAUCAUCAUUGACUACGCAGCUGUGAUUAACUUGUACUAUCUCUCCAUCAGAUCAUCCGGCUUCCAAUCAUUUGCCCCCUUGAUCCUAAACCUCUUGAACCGAGAGAACCUGGAAUCUAUAGCAGCCGUCUAUCGGGCAUUGGAGGGCCAAGGCAUCCUGCAAAAUCCCGACGCCCUCCUUGGCAUCAAGGGCGGGGACACCAUUCCUCGGUACUCGACCUUGGACGGCGUCCUGCCGACCAUUGACUAUAUGAAACAGACCACUUCCAUCUUUUGGGGCCUCACCACCAUCCACGCCACCCUGUAUGCGCAGUGGCCGUUCGAGGCCAAGGAGCGCUACGAGGGUGACUUUAACGUCACGACGCCCAAUCCAGUCUUGUUUCUCGGGAAUACCUAUGACCCGGCGACUCCUCUUGCGUCAGCAUACAACAUGAGUGCCACGUUUGAGGAGAGCGUCGUGUUGGAACAGCACGGUUUCGGGCAUUCUUCUCUCAGCCAGCCGUCAAACUGUACCGCUAGUAUUAUUGGAGAUUAUUUUGUCAAUGGCAAGUCCUACUAUGACGAGAAAGGCCUAGAAAACAUGGCAGACUCGAGAUGGGUUGUUUCAAUGCUGCCUACUAUAGUACGGAAUAAUAUAAUGCUAUCCACGCGUGUCCUUGGAUAUCUCCAGUCCAAGGUCCCCACCUCUAAAAUAUAG